AAAAUUUCACAUUUUAGUACACCCAUUAUAUUUAAUUUUGACUUGGACAUUUCCGUAUUUUACCCAACAGUAGCUGUUGGUUCGUGAUGUCUGUGCCUUCACUGAUUUUUGAUAAUAUGAACAAAUCUUUGUAAGCAAUCUAGCUGAUCAGUGAAGUAACAUAAUAGCUGUUUGUGCACAACUCUAUCAAUCAAUAGAUAACAUGUCAUAAGACAUCUCCUUCUCCUCCCCCCUCUCUCCACCUUCAUGCUCACAUUUAUGCAAGUACUGUACAACUGUCACAGAGCUUUCUAGAUAAGAGGCUGAUUAUUUUCCCCGAAGUGGAGCUUUCAAGUUGGGCAGCAAUGGCCAGAGAUCAAGUUGUUCUGAGCUUUCAUGAUACACUGUUGCACAGAUCUGACAUUGAGCUAUUAACAGGUCCAUACUGGUUAAAUGAUACACUUAUAAGUUUUUAUUUUGAAUACUUACAAAGGGUGUUAUUCAUGAAUCAAAAAGAUUAUUUAUUCAUUGGACCAGAAGUAACACAAUGUCUGAAGGUAUCACCAUUUGAGGAAAUAAAUGUGUUUUUGGACCCACUAAAUGCAAAAGAAUACAAAUAUAUUUUCCUUGCAUUGAAUGAUUCUGACAUAGUUGAGACAACUGGUGGUACCCACUGGAGUUUACUAGUGUACUGCAAGCUGGAAGAUACAUUUUUCCAUUUUGAUUCUUCUUCUAGCUUUAAUAAUCAUCAUGCAAAAGUACUGGCAGAUGGGCUUUCAAAGUAUUUCUCUCCAAUUGCCAAAUCAGUCUUUAUUGAAGCAGCAUCUCUCCAACAGACCAACUCUUAUGACUGUGGGGUUCAUUUACUGUGUAAUGUCGAUCACAUUAUAGGGGUGUCUAAACAAUGUAAGAGCUUAAGAGACAUUGGUUUAGUAAACAGAAUGAUUGUAAAUACAAAGAGAAUGGAAAUUUUGGACUUGAUUGAAACUCUUUCAGAAAAGAGGGAAUAAAAAUCUUAUGUACAUUGUGUGUA